GUCCAAAGGGAUUUCAAGCUGCAAAUGUUAGUGGUCCGAAUGGUGUUUCUGUUAAAGGUGAUCCAAACGCUCCUGGUCGACGUCCUAUUUAUACUACCAAUAAUUAUAUUGGACUAAACCCUAACUACGGAAUACUUGAUCGACCCCUUAAAUUUCCAACUGGAAGUGAUCUGGCUACUAGCAAUGCUGGGGGGUAUGGUGCCGCUAUGGGCAUUAAUCAACCUUAUCAUGCUUUGCAAUCGACCUACCCAACGCCACUUUAUCAGCAGGGUACUCAUUUCUCGUCUCAUCAACCUCCUUAUGCUUCGCAGUUUGCGAAUUAUGGCUCUACCUAUACCAACAUUAAUGCACAUUCGAGUAAUGGUUCUGGUGCCACAUCACAACCUGUUCCGUUCACUCCUCAACACACUUCUUUUACUCCCAUUAUCCCACAAUAUCCUGUUGCAAAUGGUGGUACCGCUCGUUUUGGUUCUAGUAUCGCUUCUGCUGACAAUCAAAAUAGCG